AUGAUAGACAGUGAAACAUUUUUUGCAAAAUAUUUGAUAUCACCGCGAAUCUAACGAACUGAAUCAGAUUAAAGACUCUCAUCUCUUAAUGCUGUUUAAGCUAGAUUUUCUCCAGAUAGAAAGAUAAAAUCCUCUUUUCUUUAGGAUGAAAUUUUACUUGCACCUAAAAAUUCAUAAUUACUCAGUCAAACUAUUAGAUCGCUGCUUAAAAACAGUUGGGACUUAGUUGAAGCCAUUAAAGAAAAAAACUUAAUUGAUCCUCAUUUGCAAUAUCAUUUAAGGAAAUUCAAAAAUGAUCAUGAAAGUGUUAGUGACCUUAUCAACAGGAAGACUUUUGAUAAUAUGGAGCAUUCCAAUAUAUAUAAGGAUUAGAUUAAUUAAUUAUAAAACGAGAUUAUUAACUUAAAUGAAAAAUGCAAACAUAGAAAAGUAUGCUUAUAAAAGUUGAAUGACAUUUUAAAUCAAAAAGAAGAUGAACUUUUGCAUUUGAACCACUCCUUAAAGAAUUAUUAAUUAGAAAAUUAAGCAUUAUAAAACUAACAGGAAGAAUUAAACUGCCAAAAUAUUCAAUUGAUUGAAGAAUUAUAAAAUGUCAUAAGAUCCUCAUAAGAAACCAUAAGCCAACUUAAUUAAAAAGUCAGAGAUGGAGAAAAAAAAUGUAUAUAAUUGAAAUCUGCCAAAGAACAAGAAAAUCACACAUAGCUCAAUUAAACUACUAAAUAGGUAGAAGAUUUUGAUUCAAUUAAAUUAAAACUGAAAAAACAGGAGUCUUAAAUAGGAUUAUUAACAGAACAAAAUUAAGAAAAAUAUUUUGAAAUCGAGAAUCUUAAUUAAUUAGUAUUAUAAUAUAAAGAAUAAAUCAAAUAAAAUGAAUUUGAAAUAAAAAGAUUCAAAGAUUUAUGUGCAUCUUAAGAAGACUAGCUCAAUUAAUAGUGUAAUCAACAAACCUCUACUUUAUUACUAUUCACAUAAAGAGAAAACGAACUUACUUCAUAGUUUAAUAAUAUAUAAAAGGACCUGUAGCAAUAAAUAGCAUAGUAUUAAAAAGAUCAUGUUGAAAUAAAAGGAAAAAUGGCUUCGCUUAUUUAAAAAGAACUCAAUUAAAACUAAUAAAUCAAACAACUUGGAGAUAGUUAUGUUGAUCAAGAAAAAAUAAAUAAUGUUUAGAAUGAAACUAUCUUAUAAUAAAAGAAUUUAAUUGAUACUCUAACUAUAUAAUGUUAAUAAUAAAACUUACAAUUCCAAAGCCAAUAAAAUGAAUAGACAAUAUAAGAAUUACAAAUCAAAUUAGGCUCGUCCAAAACUACUAUUGAUGAAUUAGAUAAUAAAAUUAAGGAAGAAGAAUUCAAGUUUUUAAAAUUGAAACAAGAAAAUGAUGAUAAAAUAUUUGCUCAAUAAACUCAAAUAUCAAAGUAAGAAAUGGAAUUGGAAGGUUUAAAAUCACUAUCCAAAAAAUAACAUUCCUAAUUGGAAUAAUAUUCAGAAUAAAAUCAAAAAUUAAGAUAAGAUAUAGAGCUUUUGAAAACUGAAGCAAUCGCUUUAAAUGAUUAGAUAAAACUUUAUGAUGCAGAAAUCAAAAGACUAACUAAUUUGCAAAUAGCUUAAGAGGAUUAAUUAAAAGCCUAUUCAAAUUAGAUUAGUUCUAGAUCAGAUGAAUAAGGUUAAUAAUAAAAUUCAAAAUAAAUUGAGUAGAUAUUGAUUUAAUAAAAAGACUAUUCAGAUUUAUAGGCAAAGCUAUCCUAAAUUAUGCAAAAGGAGAUUGUAUCACAUCAGAAGAUUAAGAUUCUAGAGGAUUAAGUAACUGACCUGGAAGAAUUAAAUAAGAAUUUGGUUGACACAAAUUCUAAAUAGAAAAAAUAAUUGAGCAAUUUGGAUUAAUAGUGCUAAUAACAUGAAAUCUAAUUCGAAUUAUAAUAUAAGGAAAGAUAAACUUUAGAAGAACUUAUAGCUUAAAAUAAGUAAAAAUUAAUAUAUCUCGAAGAAAAACUAAAUUAGUCUAUUUUUACCAUUUAAUAAUAUGAACAAUAAAUUUAGAAUUAACAAAUACAAUUAUCCAUUCUUAAUUAAACUCAAUAAGAGUUGUAAUUCUAUUAAUAAUAGUUCCAAGCUUUAAGCACUAAUUUGGAUGAAUCAAAGUUAUAAACAGAGAGAGUAUUGAAAUAAAAAGAAGAUUUUGUUGUUUAACUUGAAAAUACAAUAAAUACUAAUAGUUAAUUAUAAACAUCAAAUAAAACACUUGAACAAAAGUAUAAAUUGAUUGAAAACAAUCAUUCAAGUUUAACAUAAGAAAAUAGAAGACUUUAAAAUUAGUUGAGUGAUUCUAUUAUUAUCAGUAAAUAAAAAGAACUUGAAAAUUAAGAAUUAUAAAAAUUGAAUGAAACAUGUAAUAAAUAAAUAAACUAAUUACAACAUUAAUAUACAUAAUUAGAAUAAUCAUAUCAUUAAAUAGAGUCAGAUAAACAAGCAAUUAAUUUACAAUAAUAUGAAAAUUCUCACCUCUUAGAAUUAUCAAUAUUAGAAAAUGAAAGCAAAUUGACAAAGUUAUAGAAAUAAAACUAUGAUUUGAAAGAAGAAAUUAAUUAAUUGAAAACAAAUUAAAAUGAAAAGGAGCACCAAUUUGCAUAAACUGUCAAAUAAUAUUAUCAAAAAAAUUAAGGUAUUAUCUAUAUUUAUACUUUAGAGCAAAGCACAAGAAUAGGUGAAGUUAAUAAAUAAGUAAAGGAGAAAAAUGAAGAAAUAUAAAAAAUCAAAUUGCAAAUGGAUGAUGCUUAAAUAAAAUCUCAAUUAUUUAAAAUGAAAGGUACAUAUAAAAAUUAAAUUUAGAUGAAACUUAUAGAAGAUUAUUAAGCAGGAUAAUAAAAUCAAUUGAUCCAUUUUGCGAUACAAAAAAGAUUAAUGAUGUUGAUGAUCUUUUAGAAACAGCAGUUCAAAAAGUAUAAUCAUUAGUUAAACAAAAAAAAAAAAAUAAAGAAAAUGAUGAAUUCUCUUUAAAUAGUUAAAAAGAACCAUUUAAUUUAGAAUUAUCUCAAAUAGUUUAAAAUUGA